AAAAAAAAAAAAAUGCACACAUAUUAAAAGUAUUACUAACUUCAGAAAGAGGGUAGCUUUCUGUGAGAAAAUACAUGAUCAAUAGGUCCCAAGAAUACAUUCACUACAAUGGAAAGACUUUUCGCUCUUCUUGGUGGCCCAGCACCUGAACCCUCUUCCUGGAGUCUUGUGGGAGACAAAGCCCAGGGAAGUAGCUUUCCCGGCUGUUCCUGCAGCGAAGGCAGGCACUGGUGCAUGACCCAAGCUCAGACACACUCGCCUGAGACAUGGAAUGAAGAGCAAGUGACCCAGAGAAGUGAGACAGAGGCUCCUUCCCGGCGGGGGCAGAGCAGUGUCCAUGAGACUGCAGCUGGGGCGGCAUCAGGUGGUGUGAACAACUGAGUGUGGCCUAUGCCACGGUCCCUAGGGCUAGGCAGCAGCAGUACACCCUUCAGAUCAGUUUCACAGCAUAAUCUGAGGCGUCUGUCUUUGCUGUAGACCCUACAGGAUUCUCCAAUCCUCCCGUGACUGUGAACUACCCCUGAAUCCUUUCAAUCAACUCCCUCUCACUGAAGUCAGCCUGAGUCCAUUUCUGCUGCUUCCAGGGAAAAACCCAACUGAUGAGGACUCUGUAGGGCAGGAGAGGGGGUAGGAAGGAACCUCAACAGAGGGUCCACACUUGGUUUCAACAACACAUUAACAAGGGGUUACACAAAGCUGAGGUACAACUAGAUAAUAUCACCAACAUUUUUCUUCACUGUACCACAGUGUACUGUUCACUAAUUUUUCUCUUCUCGCUUUACAAAGACACUCCUUCUACUUCUUCCAACUUUCCAGUGUUACUGGCCCAGCACUGAGCACAUAGUAGGUCCCCAGGAUCAUCAACCAAACUACCCCGCAAAUUUAAAGUACCAAUUACCUGUAAAAUAAUACUCUUUCUUGGGAAUACACACCACGUUAAAAUCUCCCUCAAAACAUCUACAAGUCCAAGAAAAAAUUUACCAUAUGAACAUUCAGGAAUGAGCUCUAGGCUAAAAUCUCAACUCUAAGUGGUGAAACUCAGUUACAAACAAUCUUUUACACAAUUUCAAAAAGUUUCAGGUUAUGGUUCCUUAAUAAGAGUUCCUCUAUUCAGUUCUUCUUUUCUAAAGACACAGGAAAAAAAAGAGCCAACUCUCUUCAAAUGCACAGUGCCCACCAUCACAUGCACACACCCCAAGAGAUGGAGACUGUGACGGGAGGCAGGAUCAUUCUCGGCCUGGAAAUCAGCCUGAUUCUCUUUUAUGUCGGUGCUGCGCGUGACUGUCUGGUCUUUGUCCAUCAACCGCCUUACCUCGAAGUGGCCCACACUCAAGGGGCCGUGACCAUUCAGUGUUCCUUCUCCUACGAUGGGUGCAUUACAGGGCAACCAAAAAGCCUGUGGUUUCGCUAUGGUGCGGACCAGCCUGAGAACCUAUGCUCGGACGGAUGCACUGGCGAUGCAGGCAAAUUCACAGUGAAGGAAGCCCUGACAGAGGGAGAAGUCUCCCUCACUAUAAACAGGGUGACUCUGAAUGACAGCGCCAUCUACAUCUGUGGAAUCGCCUUUCCCGAAUCAAAGCAACCAGGAGCUAAGCGGACCGGAGAAGGGACCACACUGGUGGUAAGAGAAAUGAAGGAACUACACAGACUACACAGCCUCCUGAUAGCCAUUAUAUCACUGCUCUCUAUCUACAUUACUGGUGCACUCGUGAUCUUCAUAAUCCUCUCCAAAUCAAAAUCUAACUCUUUAAGAAACAAAGGAACAGAAGAUUCACAAAAGAAGAAGAGUGCCCGGCGUAUUUUUCAGGAAAUUGCUCAAGAACUAUAUAGUAAGAGACACACAGAAACAAGACAGCAACCUGUAAGUGUAAAAUAUCAAGGAGAUGUAAUGCAGACACAAAGCAUGUUGACUGGAAAAGCUAAGCCACUAGCGAGCCAUUAAUCAUCAUGUUUUCCUCUAGAGGAGUCUGAAAGAGACUUUCACACAGAAUGCAUUUUUAUAUAGAACCUGUUUCAAUACACAACAAAGGACAUCUGAAACAAUAUUAAAUAGAGACCAAGUUGGCAUCUUAGCGACAUGGAAUCUUUCAGAAACACAUUGGAUAGAGGCAACAUUUUCAAUUCAGACAAGGAUGCUUUUGUGGAUUAAAAGAUCCUUGCGCAGUACCCUGCAUGCAGUAGCGCGCAGUAAGGAAAUGCUGCAAACCACUGCAGCUCACAUUGUACAGAACACAUCACUUAUUGCUAAUAAGGCAGAAAUAAAUUCACAGUAGAAAAGAGUAACUAAUUAAAAUAAAAAUCAAGGCUUUCUCAGUCUUUGGGGUUAGAGUGGCAGGAAGAAUGCGUUCAUAUAAUCUGUAACAUACUUGACAAUGUCUCUUUAAAGUCCUAUAUAACAGGUUUUCCAAACAAGAUGCUCUUCUAGUGCUAGUGGAACAGAUACUGAAGUUCCCAUCAUGCACAAUCAGGCUGCCCAGAUUUAAAUUAAAAUGCAUAUGAUAUAAUGAACUUAUACACAACUAAGGAUUUUUCUUAAACAGCCACCAAGAGGGCAAAUGUAACAAGUGUCUGAUAUGAGGUGUUUUCCUUUUUUCAUCCAACUUUUAAAGAGGAUUUUCAUCCAGGAAAGAGUGUGGUUUAAGUAGUCAUUUCAUAGUUCAGUGUGUAUAUACAUACAUAAAGAAAAGGUCUAAUCACCUAAGAUACCACUCUGCAUAAUUAAAGAUGCCUUGUUCACUCUUUCCUUACUGAAGCUAGAGCAUCUUUUUCUGCAAACAUACAAAGAUAAGUGUCUUGAAGACAAGUCUAGAAGUAAGUACUAUUACGUAACCCAGGACUCUCCCAACAGCAUCUCAACAAGAAAACUAAUUUUCAACAGAGCACAGAGGCACAUGUUAUUGUAUACUGUGAGGAUAGAGACAGCAAAUCCCAG